CCCAGCUAGAGGGCUAGAAAAUCUCAAAAGGAGGCAGGGUACUCAUCCCCAGCUCCUGCUGCCACGCUUGUUGAGCUACUUCAGAACAGGAGGAUUUUGCGAUCUCAGGUAACUGCAGAGAAUUAAGCUCUCACCUGUAUCACUCACUCACAAUGGACAAAAUAAAGAAGAUUGGUGUACAGAUGCCCAAAAACAGGCAAAAACCAGUAAAGACUGAACGGAAUGCCCGGUGCGUCAUUUUCAGCUACUUCCAAGGAGACAUCAGCAGUGUGGUGGAUGAGCACUUUUCCAGGGCUCUGAGCAACCUCAAGAGGUCCCAGAGAUGGAGCUCCUUGACCCAUGGAGAAAAUGUGAUCCUCAGAAAUGAUAGCAGCAUGCCCCCGAAUCAGUGGCGUCUCACUUCUUCUUGGACAAAACCACGGCCAGAAGCGUCUCUUGUAAAUGGUGCCAGCAGCAGCAGCUUGGAUGAAUGUGGUCCUAAGGCUAUAGAUCAGUGCCCACUGUCUAUGCCCAAGACACCUUCUGCACAUCCUCAAGAGAUGUGGCAGUUUUCCUCCCUAGAGAGGGAAGAUUUCUUAGAGCCGACCUACUCUCAUGCCCUUCCUGACAGGCAUCCGGAUCCAGAGGUCUACCCUGAUGGGAGACCUGGGUCCCUCCUGCAUUUACUCCAUCAGGAUAGAUACCUAAACCGUCCUCUGGAACCUGCCCCCAGGGAGAACUGCAACCAUGCCAAGAUAGUUGGAAGCACAGGACUGCACAUGAACUUGCCUCCCAACUCAGACCACUAUAAGAAAAUCUAUGGUCAUGGAUCUGCCAGUCCCAGUCUUGGCAAUGAAAGAAGCCAGUCUCCAGAGAGAAGAAGAGAUCUCUACUAUUAUUAGGCUUGGUUGGAAGAACAGAAUUCCUUUUUGCGCAGCAUGAUCAUGCUUUUCUACGGUGGAUCCAGAAGUCCUAGGGGCAUCACUGUCACUUUCUGUCCCUGCUGCUAAGAAAUCAGGCACAAGUCUCUGUUCUCUUUUAAAUUUUGCUCUACUUUUCCUUAGCAACUGUGCCUGAUAGCAGGGGUAUUCAAACCCAAGCACAUUCUCAGCUUAUAAAAUGUAGGAAAGAGUUAUUUGUAGGGUGAGAUGCACAGAGAUCCACCUGUUGUUCAUUUUCUGCCUCACUGCAUCUACUACCCUUUUCCUUAGAAGCUAUGGACUCUCAGGUUCUCAACUAGUGUCCUUUAAACCAAACCUGAGCCCAUGGGAUUCUCUGAGGCUGUUUGGAUUUUCUAUGUCAAGGGACCAAUUCAGCCCAAGAACGUUCCAGCUUAAGCCAGACUGCAGUCAACCUCACCCCAGCCUCAGAGAAAAGCCAAAUAAAAAUGGCAUGCAAAAGACUCCCCUCCACAAUAGAGACUGGUUGAGGCUGUUGACUCUGUCCAUCUCCAAUGUCUAGACUCUAGACUCUUGAGAGAAGCUAGAAAACCUCAAUCUGGACUGUUCAAUGAAAUAGCUUGCUUAGAAAAUUUAGUUCUUCAGUUCUAGCUGACUGAUUCCAAGGGGCAUUGUUGAGAACUCUGUGACAGAAAUUGAACAAAGUCCCUUGUUCCAGCAUGAGUCUGCUGUUGGAACAGAACUUAUUCUAGAAGAUUCAGGGCAUUUCUUGGUUGCACUUCCAUGAGUUUCUGUCAUGCCUUGCUCUGAAUAUAAGGACCAUGGCACCUGACACCCAAUAGGUGCAAAAUUAGACCUUGGGACCUUGUGGCCUCUUCAAGGACCUUAAGUAGUUUCCACAAUGUAUGUCCAUCUUGGAGCACAGAGUUAGCAAUAUCUGGGUGACAGUGGCUUUCUUUUAAGCACUGAACUGUUGGGGUCAUCUAUGCAGAUACCCACAGUAGUUUUUGUUCAUUUGGAGGGAUAAGGUGAGGUUUGCUUCAUCUCCCCAGGCUGGUAGAUAGCAUUAUAUUUGUGUGACCUGGGUACCUGCCACAUGAAAACCCAGAAGUCCCUGCCAUCAGUGUUCCCCAUCCAUGACAUACUUUCUGUUAUGCAACAUUCCAGAGGGUGAAGAAUAAUAAAGCUAUGCUGUUUUCUGAUGCUCCUA